UGUUGAAAACCCGGUGUAUUAUUACCCGAGGUUCGAACCCUCGUGUAUAAAAAAACUAAACAUGCGAGGGCUAGAAAAUGGUAUUUUGCGCACGCCGUGCAAAAGUAUUUAUUUAUCUUGGCCUAACGUCGAUAAUUUUGAUAUACAUUGCAUACAAUAUUUAUUUAAUUAUUGCUGCUCGCAUUGAACGUAAGGAAAUAUGCGAAAAACUGAAUAAUAAAUACAAGAAGUGUGAUUCUUUAAAAAUCAAUCCCCAACGUGCAAUAUUUCAAGAGUUGCUUAGAGAAUGGGUUAAAAUAGCAGUAAGAAAUAAUAUAAGCUAUGUUUUAUCGUCUGGUUCUCUGCUGGGACAAUACAGGAAUGGAGAUGUUAUUCCUUGGGACAUUGAUGUUGAUGUGAUUCUGCAAGAUACAUUGUUUUCUAAACUGGAAAAAAUUACAACACCCAGGACUUUUACACAAGGUGCUGACAGUGCAUUUCAUUUUGUGGUACAACCCGAGUAUACUGGACCAUCACAAAUGAGACGUUGGAAUUGUAAUGGACAGGUCAGGUCUAAACCACCCUGUUGUAACCUAUAAAAUGAGUAAUUCCAGACUCCCAUCACAGAAUAGAGAAGUCCGACUAGGCCCAUUCAUGCACCCCCCAAAUGUCUGCCAUUUCCAUGAGAGGGGGUGAAUACCUCUCAUAAGCACACUGACUAGGUACAUUGCAACGGUUAUGCCAAAAUCAUAGGCGGACUUCUGUGUGUUGCACAGCGGAGGAAAUUUUUACCGUCUGGAAUGGGCGGGAGGAAAAUUUACAUCUAUAAUGGCAAAAUUGAAUUUGAAUUUAACACAUUAGCCUAACAGGCAUAUAUCAUAAAAUACAUAUUACCAACAAGUAUUAUACAUAAACCUUUCGAUUUCAUUCAAUCUCAUCCCUAAUCCUAAUGUUAGCCUUUACCUUGCUAGUCUUGUAAAACCUAGCAUUAUGUUUGUGAUGUUACUCUGCGUGUAUAUCCACACCGUUUGCCUGACCAUGUUUGCCUGACCAUGUUUGCCUGACCAUGGUGGGAAUCGAACCUGUGACCUUUGAGACACUAGUCCAAUGCUCUGCCAACUGAGCUAUGAGUUAAUUAAACCAUUCUUCAUCAUUCAGUACAAGCAUUAAUUCCACUUAUUUCUAACUACUAGGUAGUCAUUGGCCAACCUGAUCACUGCUCGUUUAUUGGACCUAUAGCACGCCUCAUUAAGGGCUUUGACUUUGUCGAUAUUUUUGGCCUCAAAGUUGAAGGAAACUUCGCUUACGAGGGUUAUGAAAAAAAGUAUUUUAGAGUUGAUGACAUAUUUCCAGGCAAAGAUUGUUUCUUUAUGGAAGUUAAAACGAAGUGCCCUCAAAAUGUAAAGAAAGUAUUGGAAACAUUUUUCCAUUCAAUAAGGCAGCCUUGCAUUUGUAUCAAUGGAACAUGGAAAGUUGAAUCAUGGUGGAAAUUUUGAUCUUUUGUUGUGCAAGCAUCCCAUUUUUAGCCAAUAAAUGCAUGCAAGGUUAAUAUAUUUUAAACUGCAAAAUACUAUAUUUAUGUUUUAUUAAUUUUAAACAAUUACUAGAAUAUAUAUUUGACAAACAUAUUCCUUCUGGUUUAUAGGGGCACAUAAGGAACAGCACAUAAUAAAACUAUAGUUUGCUGUUGGAAUCCGCAAUGGGCCACUGAACACCUAUAGAAAGAAAAAAAACAACUUUGAAUUAUAUGAUAAGUUAGUGUCCUGCAUGUGCAUGAUCAUGACAUAUUGCAUAGUAAUCGUUACUGUAAUUAAUAUUUUGUAGAAAUGUGGCAGGAUUUUUCAUACCAAGACAAUGUGCAAUAUGAUGAAAACGAUCAGAACCAAAAAACAUCUGUUUCUUGCCUUCUUGAUUUUCAACUAGAAAUAUUGGGGCACCAAAUGCCUAGAAAAGGAAAGACCAACAGCAAUAAUGCUUGUUUCUGAUUCAAUCCAAACUCAACUGCAUAUCCCAAUUAUUAAGUCUAUAAUUAAAUACUGUUAAUAUGAUAUUAGGCUCCAAUCUCCCAAAGGGCAUAUUUAUUUUUGGGGAGGAUUUAUUGGAAAGGGAACCAGUAGGAGCAUAUUGAUUUGAACUAAACAUGCAGGAUAUCUGAUACAGAGUUUUCAAAAAUGUAAGCAGCAUACCCCAUGGUCAAGUGCCCUCUGAGUGGUUUCUUUGAGCUUUUCCUUAACAGUUAGUGUGUUUGACUGUUCAAGUAAUUGCUCUGACUCUGCAACACUAAAACCAAUCUUGGUGCAAACCUGUAAGAGUAAAUAAUACAUUUAUUCUAGUCUGGUUUAUUUUCCAUGAAUUAAUACAAUUAACACAUUUGUGACAUAUGCUAUGUUUUGUGAAGAACAUUGUACAUUGGUAUUCAAACCAAAUUUUGGAACCAUACCUCAACGAUGCUCUUGGGUGACACGUGGUCUUCACCCUAUAAGCAGAGAAAGAUUUUCAUUAAUCCUGUACCCAUGCAUGCUUCUCAAAUAUUAUAAGCCCUCAAAAGUAUGAAUGAUCUUACAGUUCUGAAUAUUCUUGUCCAAAACUCUCUGGAAAGGUUUUCUAGUUUGUCAGCAUGCAAAAUCUUUGCAGCAGUUAACAACCUCAUUGUUGGCAGUGAACCUGAACCAGAAACAUAGCUCAGUUUUAAAAUCUGUCAAAUUUUUAGUCUGCAGUCUAUUUCUGUAAAAUGAUUAUUGAAAUUUAAAUAUGAAAAUAAUUAUUGAAAUUUAAAUAUGAAAAUAAACUUUCGC